AUGCCUCUCCAACUCACCGUCAAGAAAAUCGACGGUAAACCCGGCCAGGUUUACUACCCCCUCCAACUAAACACCAUCCCCAAACCGACCCCCGGUCCCGGCGAGCUUCUCAUCCGCCUCCGGUCCUGCGCCCUCAACCACCGCGACCUCUUCAUCCGCCAACACCUCUACCCCGGCAUCUCCUUCGAGCAACCUUUUCUCGCCGAUGGCUACGGCGUCGUCGAGUCCACUGGCCCCUCCGUCUCCCCUGCUGCUUCUCAGCUCAUCGGCAAACCCGUCCUCAUCACCCCCAGCCGCGGAUGGAUUUCCUCCCCCGACGGGCCCGACGACCCCAACCAGCCCUGGACAGUCAUUGGCUCAUCUCAGUUGACCGACGCCGGCACGGGGCAGGAGUACAUUGUUGUUCCCGAGGUGGAGGCAGUACCCGCGCCAGAGCAUUUGAGCGCUGCAGAGGGAGCCGCGCUGCCGCUCGUUGGACUAACGGGGUGGAGGGCGUUGGUGACCAAGGCGCAGGCGAAACCGGGGCAGAAUAUUCUCGUGACGGGGAUUGGGGGUGGUGUGGCUUUGCAGAUGUUGCAGUUCGCGGUGGCCAUGGGGUGUAAUGUCUUUGUGACGUCGGGUAACGCGGAGAAAAUCGAAAAGGCGAAGAAGAUGGGAGCCAAGGGGGGCGUCAUUUACAAGGAAAAGGAUUGGGAUAAGCAGUUGAUGAAACAGUUGCCGAAGGACAGGCCGUAUUUGGAUGCGGUGGUGGAUGGUGCUGGUGGGGAUGUGGUGGCGAGGAGUGUCAAGCUUUUGAAGUCGGGAGGAGUGAUCAGUAGUUAUGGCAUGACGGUUUCGCCUAAGAUGGACUGGUUGAUGCAGGCGGUGCUGAAGAAUGUGGAGUUGAAGGGGUCGACGAUGGGGAGUAGGAAGGAGUUCGAGGACAUGGUGGCGUUUGUGAGAGAGAAGGGGAUCAGGCCGGUGGUGAGCAAGGUGGUGAAGGGACUGGAUAAUUUGGAGGGGAUUGAUGAGUUGUUUGACGAGAUGAGGGAGGGUAAGCAGUUUGGCAAGUUGGUGGUUUUGAUUGAUGCGAAGGAGGACCAGGACAAGAUCUCAGUAGAGCAUUGA